UUGGGAAACAGAGCUCCUGGACAUAGAGGAUUUGCUCAAAAAUUUGAGGAUGAACCUUAUUCCACUGUCAGCCCUUUUAGCAUUUUUCUAUAACUUUGCAGUAGGUAAACCUGUCCAGAUAGCCACAAGACAUAAUGACACAGAGACUGAUACAAUUCUGCAUGAGGGUGAUAUUGUCUUGCGAAGAAAACGCAGCGUCAUAAACUGUGACAGCCGCUGCUUCUGGCCUAAGUCCCAAGAUGGGCUAGUCAAUGUCCCGGUUAAUGUUUCCACAGAAUUUUCCAUAGAAGAGAGGACUUGGAUUAUUGAAGCCAUGCAAGAGUUUACCACCCUGACUUGUGUCCAGUUUAUAAAUCGGACAACAGAAACCAACUACAUAAGCAUAGUACCUGGGGAGAGCUGCUGGUCUCACUUUGGAAAGAUUGGAGGUAUGCAGCAGGUGGUCCUGAUGAAAACUGGCUGCAUGAGUAAAGGAGCAAUUCAGCAUGAAAUGAACCAUGCACUGGGCUUUUUACAUGAACAGGCCCGGAGUGACCGGGAUGACUAUGUUAAAAUCAUGUGGGAAUACAUUCUGGCAGGUGAACAAGGGAACUUUGGGAAAAUGAAUUCCAAGAACCUGGGCCUUCCCUAUGACUAUUCCUCAGUGAUGCACUAUGGCGCAUAUGACUUCUCUAACGUCUCUGGGAAAGCCACUAUUGUACCGAUUCCUGAUCCCUCUGUACACAUUGGCCAGAGAGAAGGGCUGAGUAAUCUUGACGUGGCUAAAAUCAACAAGCUCUAUAGCUGCAAUUGCUGUAGCAAGGUACUGCAUAAACCUAAGGACAACUUCUCAUCUAUCAAUUACCCAUCCGCAUAUCCAGACAACAGCAACUGUCUAUGGCUCAUUCGCAUCCCACAGGAUAAGGUUUUCCUGCAGUUUGAUGCCCUUGAUCUUCAGUAUUCCCCAGAUUGUACCUCUGACUACUUGUGUGGGAUGGGGCCAUUACCCUCAUUGGUGGCUUCUAGAAAUGUGAUGCUUGUAGAGUUUGUGAGCGAUGAGGCUACUGCAGCAACAGGUUUCCAGGCCUCCUAUACCCAGGUGAAAUGUGGAAGCACUUUGACUGGUGCAAGUGGGGUGAUCACUUCCCCAAACUAUCCCAAUAGAUACCCCAAAAACCAGGACUGCUUAUGGAUCAUCCAUGCUCCCUCAGAUUGCAAGAUCUUUCUAACAAUGGUCUCCUUUGAGCUGGAAGAAAUUGAUGAAUGUAAGUAUGACUAUUUGAUUAUUCAUGAUGGGAGCCGACCUACAUCCCCAGCUGUUGGCCCAUACUGCGGGACAAUGCAGAUUGCAGACUUUACCUCCUCUGAGAGCUCUGUGCUGGUAGAAUUUCACAGCGACUUUGCUUGGGUGUUUCCUGGAUUCAUGCUGAACUACACUUUUGUUACACCAUCAUGAAGAAAACUCAAGGAAAGUCUUGUUUCCCCAGUACUAAGCAAAAAGAAGAGUGCGCCCAGAAGGAUUCCAAUUCGUCUUGCUCUUUACCAUUUGCCUGCAAUAGUUUUUCAGUUACAGAUUCAUUUUCAACACCAAAAUAAAUGCUCUUUGUUAAUAGAUGUAGGAAUCUGACCUGGGAACUGAUAUUUCCUUGAUCGGGGGGUUAGA